AUGACCGUUGCACCCACUAAGACCAUCCUACCCAGGCUAAGGAAAUCACCACGCAGGGCCUUCUCUUACACCACCACAAAAUCCCAUCAUUCCCAGGGCCAACAACCCCCCAGAUCCCACAACCAAUUCGUUGCUCUCCUCGACCAAUGCAGCGCCUUCCACCAGCUCAAACAAAUCCAAGCCUCCAUCACCACUUCAGGCUUCCACACCGGCCCUUUCCUCACCGGCAAGCUAGUAGAGACCCUUGCGCUCCGACUCCGCCACCACUCGGAGGCCCUCCCCCAUGCCAUGCUCCUCUUCUUCCACUGCCCCCAUCCUCCCAACCUCUUCACCUGGAAUACCCUCAUCAGAGGCCUCUCACUCGGUCGCGCCCCUCAUAAUGCCCUCCUCCUAUUCGCGUUAAUGCUCCAGUCACCUUCCGUGAUGCCCGACGCCUUUAGUUAUGCCUCUGCACUCAAGGCUUGCGCCCGCUCUCUUGCUUGCAGGUUAACCAAAGUAAUCCAUGGCCUCGUAGUGGUGAACGGAAACCAAUCGAACAACUACGUUGCCAACACUGCGUUGCAUGCCUAUGCCUCAUGCGGCGAUGUUGCUUCUGCAAGAAUAUUGUUCGACGUGGUUCCCUCUUGGGAUGUCGUUGGUUGGAACGCAAUGCUUGCAGGUUACGUCCAAAAUGGUCUUCCGGAUGAAGCUUUGAAGCUGUUGCGUCAGAUGCGGUCUGAGGGAGUUGAGCUGACCGAUGUGACUGUCAUCACUGCCCUUACGGCAUGUGCUCGAACGACAGAUCUUUGUUUGGGGGGGCAGAUUCAUGGGCAUGUUGGCAAAAGGACCAUGCAAUUUGAAAGGGAGAUCAUUGUGGGCACUGCUCUUAUAGACAUGUAUGCGAAAAGUGGGCGUUCGGAGUUGGCUGGACAAGUGUUUGAUGAGAUGAAGAGAAGGGAUAUUGGUGUUUGGAAUGCUCUUUUAGGAGGCUACGUGUACAAUGGUUGGUUUGCUGAAGCUUUGCGAUUUUUUGAGGAACUGCAGGCAUCAGGGCUUAGACCAGAUGAGCUGACGUUGGUUAGUGCAUUGUGUGCUUGUGGACAUCUGGGAGCGCUUGAUGUUGGAAAGAACAUCCAUUCAUAUGUGGAAGAAAGAUUUCCCCACUUUGAUCCUAUACUAGGAACAGCUCUGAUCGAAAUGUAUUCAAAAUGUGGGUGGAUUGAGGGAUCGCGAGAAGUGUUCAGUAAGAUGGAGAAGAAAGAUGCCAUGGCAUGGACGUCAAUGAUCAGAGGGCUUGCAGUUCACGGGUAUGCCGAGGAUGCACUCGAGCUGUUUUCGUUGAUGCUGAGGACGGGCCUAAAGCCAGAUGGUGUCACCUUUGUGGGCGUCCUAUGUGCUUGUAGCCAUGCUGGUUUGGUUGAGGAAGGCUCGCACUACUUCAGGUCCAUGAAGAAAGACUAUGGCAUUGCUCCAAGAGUUGAGCACUACGGAUGCAUGAUUGAUCUUUUUGGUAGGGCUGGCCGGCUACGGGAAGCUUUUGAGCUGGUAGACUCAAUGGAAAUACAUGUGAAUGCCAUCAUUUGGAGGAGCCUUCUCAGUGCUUGCAGGAUGAAAUUGGAUGUUGAAUUGGGUGAGAUUGCAGUUAAGAAUUUGAUGAAGCUAAGAUCGGACCAUUGUGGGGAUUACGUGCUCCUUUCUAACAUAUAUGCGGCAAAGGGGAGGUGGGAUGACGCAAGGAGAGUAAGGGAGCAGAUGAAGAAUGGGCAGAUAAAGAAGAAGCCUGCUUUUAGCUUGAUUGAAUCAACUGAGCAAUUGGCAAAGGGAGGCCCUUUGUUUUCCAAAGCUGAUCACUAUUGCUUUGAUUCAGUGUAA